AUGGGGGGCGCCUUUGGCCUGACGCUGGCCCUUUGCCACUCUUUGGGACUCUACCUGCAGCUCGGCGCCUCCUCGCGUCCCCCGCAAUGGGAGAACCAGAUCCCGGGCAACGCGUUUUUCACAGAGACCCCCCAUGACAUGACAGCCCGGGCUGGCGAAGACGUGGAGAUGGCGUGUUCCUUCCGUGGCAGUGGCUCCCCUUCCUACUCCCUUGAAAUCCAGUGGUGGUAUGUGCGAACUCACAAAGACUGGACAGACAAGCAGAACUGGGCCUCCAACCAGCUAAAAGCAUCUCCGCAGGAAGAAGCCGGGAAGGACGCGACGAAAAUAAGCGUUGUGAAAGUGGUGGGCAGUAACAUCUCCCACAAGCUGCGGCUCUCCCGGGUCAAGACGACCGACGAAGGGACCUAUGAGUGCCGGGUCAUCGACUUCAGCGAUGGCAAAGCCCGGCACCACAAGGUGAAGGCCUACCUCCGGGUACAGCCGCCAGAAGAGAUCUCGGAGCCGCUCCGCCACAGUCUUCCUGCCGGGCACCUGCAGGACACCCAAGUGCUGGGGGCGCAGUUCUCUGACCACAGCAAACUGAGUGGCGGUCACCCGCAUCACCAACACCAACACCACAAGCCGGGCAAGGAGCUCAAGAAACGAUCCGUGGACGACGCUGCCUGCUCCCUCUAG